AUGACUAAAAUAAAAAAUAGUACUUGGGAAUAAUAAUGGGUUUAUCAUGUGCAAAAGGAAAUGAGGUUUUCAUUGGAGUGUAAUAGAUAGUGGUAUAUAGAUAUUAUUAGAAAUGUCUAGAAAGUGUAAAGAUUUGGAAAGGGAUAGGCUGCUGAAGCGUAUUGCAGAAAAGCGAGCUCGUCUAGAAGCCAGGGGAGAUAUCAAUCUGAAGAUACCCCGAUUAACUUUACCUUCUGACUACAAUUUAGAUGAUAGAUCCGUAUUUUCUCUACCACCAGAAGUAUUGAAGCCUAUUGUGGCAUCCGCUUAUCCCAAGUAUAGGAAAGGAGUGAGUUCACAGAAGAAAAAAGAUGCUGAACUGGACACAAAGUUGAGGUAUUUUACUUCGAUGAGAAGACAAAGGGAAGAAUUUCGUAAAAGGCUAGUGGAUAUAAUCGUAGGAAGAAAGAGUCCAGACGAAGUAAUAGAUCCAAAUGAAAUUCCGAGUCCAGCAGAGAAAGAUAUUUUAAGAUAUUAUUAUUAUGUUCAAUGUGGAGUUGACACAAUUCACGUGUCCCCAUUAGAUGAUAGUGUUUUACAAAGAGUCUUGAGUUUGGUACCUAAAAGAUUGACACAGUGGAAGUCCACAUUGGACCUUUGUGUCGAAGAGAUGAAAGAAAGCUUCAUGCUUACUGUUAAGAAGGCUGUAGUGGAUUUUGUACUUCAAGACGCUACUUUUACAAGCUCUCAAGCCGAAGUUUCAGAGCAUAUAUUAGAAUUGAGGGAGAUGUCUACCAAUUGGAGACUGAGUUACAAUAAAUCUAGGAAAAAACUUGAAACAACCUUACAUGUGGUAAAUCCAUGUUUAGCCGCUUUGACUGAUCUAUGGUUUCACCAUUUCAGGUGGUUUCGAUUGAUAAAUGUUACUGAACUGAAAAAACAUAAUGGACCUUAUGAUUUGGAAGAAUUCAAGGCACUCACUUCCUCUCAGAUAAUGAAAUCGAAGAGAAAAUUGAUGACCCACUAUUACGGAGCAGUAACUGACAUUUUUUUACAAGGAAAUAAAAAGAACAAAUUACCAAAUCCAGCUCAUACGAAAAAAAUGGAUUCCUUUUUCAAUUCUGUGGCUACUAUAAUGUCAUACCAUAUUCAGAUGUGUUGUGUGAAAUCUUUGUUUGAAUUCGUUGAAUACAUAAUGGAUAUCAAGUAUUCCAACAAAGGUUUCGAGAUUCAUCUUAUGCAACAAAUAAAUGUUUUGGCGUUCGAACCACCCUUCAGAAAUUUUAAGGAGGCGAUAAUUGGCAUAUUGGAUCAAAUGAUUGAAUCGAUUAUGACAAUUGAAAGGUUGGAGACUAAAUUAUACCUGGAUUGCCAGAAAUAUGUAACUUGUCUCAGGCCUAUAAUAGCAGAAGAAAUCAUUUGGGAUUAUAAAGUGAAAAUAAACGCUCUUUUGGAUCAACAACGGCUUGGGCCAGAAUCAAGAGUCCAAGAUUUCGAAAAAUAUAUGCCUUUAAUCAACGGCGAGGACAAAGCGAGAAUUGAGUCAUUUUUAUCAGUCCCUCAUACCCUCGAUGAGUUUCUUGUUCAAAUUGAACACUUCAAGGCAAUUGCAGAUGAGUUACCUAUAGUCAACGAACACAUUAUAACUAUGGGUAUGUAUAUGAUGAACAGAACAGAGCUUAUAAAUUCCUUGGUUCAAGCGGCAGAAAGUUUCAAGAAUUUACUAUUAUCAAAAUGUUCAGAAGAUUACCUGAAUAUGUGUAAGAAGCUGGGAGAUGAAUAUCAAGCCAUACACGAUAAGGCAUUAUCAGUACCUUCAAAUACAGCCCAGUUGAUGGAACUCCUGAAGUACGUUCAUAAUGUUGAGGCCGUAGUUCUCUUGGAAAUGGAAGAUCGCUUACGUGUGGUUUUGAAUUAUAUAAUAGGUCUGACGGAUUAUAUGUUCUUCACACCUGUUGAAAUGAAGCAGAAUAAUAUCACUUUUCUUUGGUAUAUGAGAAUGCCAAGGGUUAUCGAGGAGCACAAGAGCUUGGUGGAGGCCAAAUCGGACGAGUUCCAGGCAGAUCUCAAGAUCAGAAUACAGAAGUUCUCAGACGACUUGAAGUUGUACGCGAAAAUGGUGGACGAGAUGGAACAAAACGGUGACAUAAAUGAUCUCCCGAAGUACCACAAGAAAGCAACCCAGCUGGAUAAUCGCCUCAUCAAUGCCAUGGAACGCAUUGAUGCCUUCAACGAAGAGGAGGCGGCGUUCGGAUUCGAGUUGUCACAGUAUCCGAUAAGAAAACAAACUCACGACAAGUUGGGACCUUACAAGAAGCUGUACGACAAUGCUACAGACUUUUUGCAGAAACGCGAUACUUGGAUGCAUGCCCGUGUUGGCAGUUAUGAUCCGGAGGAAAUCGAUACGGAUGUAGGAACCAUAUACAGGGUGAUCUACAAGUUGGAGAAACAGUUCUCCGAUAAACCUGCAGUAGGAGGCUUGUCCACAACAGUGAGAGAACAAAUCGAAGAAUUCAAAGAACACAUGCCAAUCAUACAAACCUUGGGCAAUCCUGGAAUGAAAGCAAGACAUUGGGAACUCAUAUCAGAAAUUGUGGGUUUCCCUAUUAUCGUUGACGAAGAUUUGAGCUUGGAAAAAAUAAUAGAUUAUGGUUUGGACGAGUAUGUAGAGAAGUUCGAAACAAUAUCAGAAUCUGCCACCAAGGAGAACAACUUGGAGAAAGCACUGAGCAAGAUGGUGGUCGAAUGGAAGGACCAGGAAUUCGUGAUCCUACCUUACAAAGAUACUGGUACGUUCGUUCUAUCAGCGGUAGAUGAUAUACAAGUUCUUCUCGACGAUCACCUGAUCAAGACGCAAACUAUGAAGAAUUCACCAUACAUCAAACCGUUCGAGAAAGAAAUAAUAUCGUGGGAAGCGAAACUUCAGUUGCUACAAGAGAUCUUAGACGAAUGGCUGAAAGUACAGAUAACUUGGAUGUAUUUAGAACCUAUUUUUUCGUCUCCGGAUAUUCAACAGCAGAUGCCUGAGGAAGGAAGACGCUUCAGUGCUGUGGAUAAGAUUUGGCGUGAUUUGAUGAAGACUUGCUACGGUGACCAAAAAGUUAUGGUCGUUGUUGAUAUUGAUAAGAUGGUGGAGCGUCUAAAGAAGUGCAACGCUUUAUUGGAACUGAUCCAGAAGGGAUUGAACGAUUACCUAGAAAAGAAGAGAUUGUACUUCCCAAGAUUCUUCUUCUUGUCGAAUGACGAAUUGCUCGAAAUUCUCUCUGAGACCAAAGAUCCAACAAGGGUGCAACCUCAUUUGAAGAAAUGCUUCGAGGGCAUAGCAAAAUUGACUUUCACAGAAGAGAUGGAGGUGUUGGAGAUGAAAUCCAGCGAAGGUGAAGUCGUUCCAUUAGUUGACGUUAUUCAAACAGCCUUAGCCCGUGGACAGGUUGAAAAAUGGUUAGUUGAACUGGAAACGGACAUGAAGAAGUCUGUUCAUAACAUGGUGAAAGAAUCUGUUGAAGAUUAUACGAAAUGCCUAAGAGUUGAAUGGGUGUUGAAAUGGCCGGGACAAUGUAUCCAAUCAAUAUCACAAGCCUACUGGACGUCUGAAGUUACAGAGGCUAUAGUUAUUGGAGGUGAUUCACUGGAGAAAUAUUACGUAAAAUGCAACACACAAAUUGCCAAGAUCGUGGAUUUAGUUAGAGGAAGACUCAAUAUGCAGAAUAGAAUAACUUUAGGAGCUCUGGUUGUACUCGAUGUCCACGCAAGGGAUGUACUUCAAGAUCUAAUCGGUAAGGUGAAAAAUAUAACAGACUUCAAUUGGUUGUGUCAACUCAGGUACUAUUGGACGGAAAACCAACUGAUAACUUCGAUGAUAAAUUCCACUCUGGCUUAUGGUUAUGAGUAUUUAGGAAACACCACUAGGCUGGUUGUCACCCCUCUGACUGAUAGGUGUUACAGAACGUUGUUUGGUGCCUUGCAUCUGCAUUUGGGUGGUGCUCCUGAAGGACCUGCUGGUACUGGAAAAACAGAGACAACAAAAGAUUUGGCCAAAGCGGUCGCUAAACAAUGUGUUGUCUUCAACUGCUCUGAUGGCUUAGAUUAUAUAGCUCUAGGGAAAUUCUUCAAGGGUUUAGCUUCUUGCGGAGCUUGGUCCUGUUUCGACGAAUUCAACCGCAUCGAUCUCGAAGUGUUGUCCGUUGUAGCCCAGCAAAUCUUAACAAUUCAAAGAGGUAUAAACUCCGGUGCGGAGAAGAUGGUGUUCGAGGGAACCGAAAUCAAGCUGGACCCUUCCUGUGCAGUAUUCAUCACCAUGAAUCCCGGCUACGCCGGCCGAUCAGAACUGCCGGAUAAUCUGAAGGCCUUGUUCCGUUCAGUGGCGAUGAUGGUUCCCGACUACGCUCUGAUAUCCGAAAUUGAGCUGUAUUCCUAUGGAUUCUUGACCGCCAAACCUUUAUCGGUGAAAAUCGUCGCUACCUAUAGGUUGUGCUCGGAGCAGCUGUCUUCGCAAUGCCACUAUGAUUAUGGUAUGAGGGCCGUAAAAUCAGUGCUGAGGGCGGCGGGCACCCUGAAGCUGAAGUAUCCCGAUGAGAAGGAAGAUAUAUUGGUGCUGAGAUCGAUAAAAGACGUUAACUUGGCGAAGUUUCUGGUUCUCGAUGUUCCGUUAUUCAAGGGCAUCACUUCCGAUCUGUUCCCUGGAGUGAUACUACCGGAACCGGAUUACGUAAUCUUCAACGAAGCCAUCGCUGAGACCUGCAAGGAAAAGAAUAUCCAGUGCGUACCUUUCUUCUUGGAGAAGGUGCAGCAAUUGUACGAGAUGAUCAUUGUGAGGCAUGGUCUGAUGAUUGUCGGUUUGCCUUUCGGUGGUAAGACCAUAUCGUACAGAAUAUUGGCGAAGGCUUUGGCUCUCAUAGAAAAGAGGGGAGGCAUGGAUGAGCAUAAAGCCAUUUACACGAUAAUGAAUCCUAAAUCCAUUACGAUGGGACAGCUAUAUGGACAGUUCGAUCCAGUAUCUCACGAGUGGUCUGAUGGAGUUCUUGCUGUCAGUUUCAGGGAAUUUGCAAUGUCAACAACAGACGAUAGAAAGUGGCUCAUUUUUGACGGUCCAGUGGACGCAGUAUGGAUUGAAAAUAUGAAUACUGUUCUCGAUGACAACAAAAAACUGUGUUUGAUGUCUGGUGAAAUUAUUCAGUUGGCCAACACUACGAACUUGAUAUUCGAACCAAUGGACCUGGAGGUUGCUUCGCCUGCUACUGUUUCCAGGUGUGGAAUGAUCUAUUACGAGCCAGUGUGUAUGGGAUGGGAACCUAUACUUACUUCAUGGCUGAAUACAUUGCCACCCUGUAUUUCGACCGAUUUCUACAAAACCAUGAUCUUCAACUUGUUCGCCAGAUUUUGUAGACCGUUGUUGUGGUUUAUUUAUAAGAGUGGCGUCAAAGAAAUUGCAACAACCUCUGAAGCUAAUCUACUGAAAUCCACCAUGAAUUUAUUCGACUGUUUUAUGGACGAUUUCUAUGUGGACGGUUUCCGAGACAAUGUCAGUGAUUUGGAUAUAAGGGCUCAAAUAGAAGGAUCAUUUUUCUUCUCUUGCAUAUGGUCGAUGGGUGGAACUCUUGAUACAAAUGGAAGAUUGAAGAUGAGUAUUCUUUUCCGAGGGUUGCUGGAAAGGGAAUUUCCCGAAGCGAUAAAGAAAGACUUGAACAUUCCCUUCGAUAUUCCUAAACCUGACAAGCCCUAUAUCUUUUUGAUACCUGCUGGAGAGACAGUGUUCGAUUACAGAUACAUCAAAGAGGGUAAGGGCAAAUGGAAACUGUGGUCAGAUGAAUUGGUUACAGCGCCACCUAUUCCAAGAGAUAUUCCUGUGAAUCAAAUUAUAGUUCCAACUAUAGAGACGGUACGCUACAUUGCCCUAAUGGGGCUACUGGUUCAGCAUCAAAAAGCUGUUAUGGUUGUUGGACCAACAGGAACCGGAAAAUCGGUCUAUAUAAUCGAGUUUUUACUUAAGAAGAAUGAUACUUUCGUUUAUCAACCAUUAUUUUUGAAUUUCUCCGCUCAGACCACGGCCAAUCAGACUCAAGAUAUUAUCAUGGCAAAACUUGAUAAGAGGCGAAAGGGUGUUUUCGGCCCUCCGGUACAAAAGAAAUGUGUCAUAUUUGUCGAUGACGUAAACAUGCCACUCAAAGAAGUUUAUGGAGCACAACCACCCAUUGAGUUAUUGAGGCAGUGGUUUGAUCAUCAUAUGUGGUACAAUCGAAAAGAAAUCAUACCAAUGAAGCUCAUAGAUAUACAGUUUAUGUGUGCUAUGGGACCUCCAGGUGGUGGUGGUAACACUGUUACUCCCAGAUUCACUCGACAUUUCAACCACUUAUGUAUCGAUGAAUUUGGAGAUGCUAUACUUAUAAAUAUAUUUAGUAAAAUCAUGCUGUGGCAUUUGGACACAAGAGGCUUUUCAAAAGAUUUCGAUCCUUGCAUAGAACAAAUAGUGAUGGCUACUCUUGAAAUGUACAAAAUGGCGAGAGAAAAUCUCUUACCAACACCUGCCAAAUCUCAUUACCUCUUCAAUUUGAGAGAUUUUUCUAGAGUAAUUCAGGGGGUUCUAUUAUCUGUCCCAGAAGCGAUCGAAGAUCUUGUAGCAAUGAAAAGGUUGUGGGUGCAUGAAGUGCUGAGGGUAUAUUAUGACAGAUUAGUCGAUGAUAAUGACAGAGCGUGGAUAUUCACUGCUUUGCAUGAAAUUUGCAUAAAAUAUCUUGAGGAAACUAUGAAUACCAUGUUCAUUAGAUUGAAAACGCCUCAAACCACUAGCAUCGGUGAAAUAGAAUUGAGGAAUCUUCUAUAUUGCGAUUUCUCGGACCCAAAAGCAGAUCAAAGGUUUUAUGUAGAAGUUCUGGAUUUAGAAGCUCUCACAGAUAUUGUACUUGGUUUCUUGAACGAAUUCAACAACAUGUCGAAGAAGCCGAUGAAUUUGGUACUCUUCCGAUUCGCUAUAGAACAUCUUUCCAAAAUAUGCCGAAUUUUGAAGCAACCCAGAAGUCAUGGUAUGUGUGUUGGUGUAGGCGGUUCUGGUCGUCAAUCGUUAACGAGACUGUCGGCACAUAUUUCCGAAUAUGAUCUAUUUCAAGUUGAAAUUACUAGAUUAUAUGGAACGAAUGAAUGGCGAGAGGAUUUAAAAGGUAUUUUGAGAAAAGUCAGCGCUAGCGAUCUGCACGGAGUUUUCCUCUUCAAUGACACCCAAAUCAAGGAAGAGAAUUUCCUAGAAGACAUAAGCAAUUUGUUGAACACUGGAGAGGUGCCCAAUUUAUACACUCCUGAAGAAAAGAUCGAAAUAUGCGAGAAGAUGAGACAAUUGGACAGGCAGAGGGAUAAGUCAGUACAAACUGACGGAAGCCCAGUUGCCCUAUUCAACUUCUUCGUCACUAUUGUGAGAGAACAGUUACAUACCGUUCUUACCAUGAGCCCUAUUGGAGAAAGCUUCAGGGUGAGGUUGCGGAAGUUUCCAGCCCUGGUUAAUUGCUGUACGAUCGAUUGGUUUCAAUCUUGGCCCGAAGACGCUUUGUUAGCAGUAGCAACUCAGUUUUUGGGUGAAAUUGAGUUGACUGAUAGAGAAAGAAAAGUUUGUAUAGAUAUGUGCCAGCUCUUCCAUACGUCUACCCAGACCCUAUCUGAUGAGUUCUAUGAAAGAUUGAGACGUCAUAAUUAUGUCACUCCUACAUCCUACUUGGAAAUGAUCAGUACCUUCAAAACAUUUUUAGGUCGUAAGAGAGAAGAAAUAUUAAUGCUCAAAAGUAGAUAUGAGGUAGGUCUUGAGAAGUUGGAUGCAGCUGGGGCUGAAGUAGCUGUAAUGCAACUAGCGUUAGAAGCACUUCAGCCGGAGUUAGUUGUUGCUGCGGCAGCAGUACAAGUCACUGUUAAAAAAGUAGAAGCAGAAACGGCCGAGGCUGGCGAGGUUGAAAAGGUUGUUCUGGCAGAAGAAGCUAUCGCAAAUGAACAGGCUAAAGCAGCCCAAGCCAUCAAGGAUGAGUGCGAUGCAAACUUGGCCGAGGCAAUGCCUAUACUCAAUUCUGCUUUAGCUGCCUUGAACACUUUAACUCCUGCUGACAUAAGUGUGGUGAAGACUAUGAAGAAUCCGCCCAAAGGAAUCAAAUUAGUGAUGGAAGCUAUUUGCAUCAUAAAAGACGUCAAGCCGGAAAAAGUUCCCCUUCCAAGUGGAUUAGGAAUGAUGGAUGAUUACUGGGGACCAUCGAAAAGAAUUCUUGGUGAUAUCAAGUUUCUCGACAGUCUGAUGAAUUUCGACAAGGAUAAUAUUCCUCCCAGGAUUAUGGAAAAGUUACACAAAACUAUUCUCAACGAUGAAAAUUUCGAUCCCGAUAAAGUGAAAACUGCAUCCACAGCAGCAGAAGGUUUAUGUAAAUGGGUGAUUGCAAUGUCCAAAUACGAUGUUGUUGCAAAGGUUGUCGCGCCGAAGAAGCUAGCGUUGGCUGAAGCCGAAGGUCAAUACAACGAAGCCAUGGCUUCUUUAGAAAUCAAGAGGCAGAUGCUGCGCGAAGCGAGGGAUCGCGUUGCCAAGUUAGAAGAAUCUCUGAGACUAGAAAGUGAAAAGUUACAGAAGUUGACCGACGAUGUCAACUUGUGUCAGUUGAAAUUGCAGAGAGCAGAAGAACUGAUUGGUGGACUUGGUGGAGAGAAAACAAGAUGGUCUCUAACAGCAAAAACCUUGGGAGAAAAGUACUACGUGUUGACAGGUGAUAUUUUGGUGGCAGCUGGCGUGGUGGCUUAUUUGGGACCAUUCACGUUGCAAUUCAGAACAGAACAGAUAACGGGUUGGGUAACAGAAUUGAGUAGUCAAGGUAUUGUGGUCAGCAAAGAUUUUCAACUAACAGCAGUUUUGGGCGAAGCUGUAUUGAUAAGACAGUGGAACAUUUUUGGACUACCCAGUGACAACUUCAGUAUAGACAAUGGUAUCAUAAUAAAAAACGCUAGACGUUAUGCACUAAUGAUUGACCCUCAAGGGCAAGCCAACAAAUGGAUAAAAAAUAUGGAAAAGGCGAAUAAUUUAGCAAUCAUCCGCCUCAAUCAACCAGAUUAUGUCAGGAUUCUGGAAAAUGCUAUUCAGUUUGGACAGCCGGUUCUAUUAGAAAAUAUUGGCGAAGAAUUGGACCCUAUUUUGGAGCCGGUAUUAUCGCAACAGAUUUUCAAACAAGGCGGAGCUUGGUGUUUGAAAUUGGGAGAUUCAGUUGUUGAAUAUAGUGCAGAUUUUAGGCUAUAUAUAACUACGAAACUGAGGAAUCCUCAUUAUAUGCCAGAGGUGGCUGUCAAGGUGACAUUGGUUAAUUUCAUGAUCACCAAAGUAGGCUUGGAAGAUCAACUGUUGGGCAUAACUGUAGCCAAAGAAAGGCCAGAUCUAGAAGCAGAAAAGAAUACUCUGAUUAUUCAAGGAGCAGAAAAUAAACGACAGCUGAAAGAAAUUGAAGAUAAAAUUUUGCAAGUUCUAAGUUCGUCAGAGGGUAAUAUACUAGAAGAUGAAACAGCGAUCCAAAUUCUGAGUUCCUCAAAAGUGCUGUCGAAUGAAAUAACUGCUAAACAAGCAGUCGCUGAGAUAACAGAAAAACAAAUAGACACUGCUCGUAUGGAGUAUACGCCAAUUGCUGUUCAUUCUGCCAUACUCUUCUUCACCAUAGUUGACCUGGCUAAUAUAGAUCCCAUGUACCAAUACUCCCUGGUUUGGUUCAUGAAUCUGUUCUCUGCAGCCAUAGACAAUACCGACAAAGUGGAAGAUGUUAAGGAGCGGUUGAAAGAUCUGGAAACAUUUUUCACCUAUUCUCUUUACGUCAAUAUUUGCAGAAGUUUGUUCGAAAAAGAUAAAUUGCUAUUCUCGCUUCUGCUGGUGGUGAACAUAUUGAAGAGUAAGGAUGAGAUGGACAUGGCCGAAUGGAUGUUCUUGUUGACUGGUGGAGUUGGUUUGGAGAAUCCACACGCUAAUACAUCGGAAUGGCUGGUUGAUAAGUCCUGGGAUGAGCUGUGUAGGCUUGCUGACUACACUGCAUAUAAGGGUUUGAGGCAACACUUCGUCGAUAAUAUGGAUGCGUGGAAGAAGAUAUUCGAUUCACCUGAACCCCAAGAAUAUCCCUUACCUGCUCCAUUCGACACCAGACUGUCACAAUUUCAGAAGCUACUUAUAUUAAGAUGCAUCAGAUAUGAUAAGAUAACUCCUGCAGUCCAAUCGUUCGUUGCUGCAAAUCUUGGAAAACGAUACAUCGAACCUCCCCCGUUCGACCUAACCUCCUCGUUCGCCGAUUCGCAUUGUUGCAUACCCCUCAUAUUCAUCCUGACGCCCGGAGCAGAUCCGACUGCUGUGUUGCUGAAAUUUGCCGACGAUCAAGGUUUCGGCGCUGCAAGACUGUUCGCCUUAUCUUUGGGUCAAGGACAAGGGCCCAUUGCAAUUAGGCUGAUUGACGAGGGUGUGCGGAACGGCACUUGGGUGGUUCUACAAAACUGUCAUCUGGCAAAAAGUUUCAUGCCAUCUCUGGAAAGGGUUUGUGAGAAUUUAACACCGGACACUACCCAUCCUGAUUUUCGACUAUGGCUGACUUCAUAUCCUGCAGACCAUUUUCCGGUGCUAGUUUUGCAGAAUGGCGUGAAGAUGACAAACGAACCACCAAAAGGUUUGAAGGCGAAUAUUUUAAGAUCCUACGCCGGUGACCCGAUUAGUGAUCCCGAUUGGUUCGACAACUGCAAACAAGGCCUGACUUUCAAAAAAUUGCUUUUCGCCCUAUGCUUCUUCCACGCCUCGAUACAGGAGAGGAGGAAGUUUGGACCCCUGGGAUGGAAUAUCCCGUAUGAAUUCAACGAAACCGAUUUGAGGAUCAGUGUCGUACAACUGCAGAUGUUCCUGAACGACUAUGAUGAUGUUCAAUACGAUGCCCUACUAUAUUUAACAGGAGAAUGUAAUUAUGGUGGCAGGGUAACUGAUGAUUGGGAUCGUCGAACUCUAAAUACUAUCUUGAGAAAAUUCUACUGUCAAGAACUAGUUGAGACCGAUACUUAUAGUUUUGAUCCUACAGGCUCCUACUAUGUACCAGAAAAAACUGAAUAUGAUGAAUUCAUAUCUUACACUAAGUCCCUGCCAUUGAUUACGCAUCCUGAAGUUUUCGGAAUGAAUGAGAAUGCUGAUAUAAUGAAGGAUCAACAGGAGACCAAUCUCCUCUUUUACAGCAUCCUACUCACUCAGGAUGCUCUUUCUUCUGGUGGAGCUGAAAAAACACCAGACGAGAUAGUUUUGGACGUUGCAUCUGACAUAUUGGCAAAAUUACCACCUCUUUUCGACAGAGAUGCAACAAUGGCGAAGUAUCCGACUUUGUACAAUCAAAGUAUGAAUACGGUGCUAAUACAAGAAAUGAACAGAUUCAACAAUUUAUUAGCUGUUAUUCGAGGAAGUCUAAUCAGUGUAAAGAAAGCGAUCAAAGGAUUAAUUGUCAUGUCUGGACCUUUAGAAGAAGUCGUCAAAAGUGUUCUGACAGGCAGAAUACCUGGCAUGUGGGCUGGUAAAUCUUAUCCAUCGCUGAAGCCACUUGGAAGUUAUGUUGUCGAUUUCUUGGCAAGAUUGGCGUUUUUACAGAAAUGGUACGACGAAGGAGCUCCACCAACGUUCUGGAUUUCUGGAUUCUAUUUCACUCAAGCAUUCUUGACGGGAGCUCAACAAAACUAUGCCAGGAAAUACACCAUUCCUAUAGAUUUGCUAGGUUUCGAUUAUGAGGUGAUGAAAGAAAAAGAAUUCGAUUCACCACCAGAAGACGGGGUUUACGUUUAUGGUUUAUUUCUGGAUGGUGCUAGAUGGAACAAAAAAAUUAUGCUUUUGGACGAAUCUCUUCCUAAAGUUCUGUAUAGUGCAGUUCCAUUUAUUUGGUUGAAACCUAUGAAACGAGAGGAUAUUGCCCCUCCACCCUCAUUUAUUUGUCCCGUAUACAAGACUGCUGAAAGACGUGGUGUCUUAUCUACCACUGGUCAUUCAACAAAUUUUGUGAUUGCCAUGACUCUUGCUACCGAUAAAGAGCCGAAACAUUGGAUCAUGAGAGGUGUUGCCAUGCUUUGUGCUUUGUCUCAGUAGAUGUGGUUUUAAUUCAGUUUGAUCUUUACAGAUAUUUAAUUUUUUAUAUAUAAAUAGAACACUUUUACAAUUUCCAAAUAAAUUUUUAUUAAAGCA